UCUCUUACGCGAACCUUAUAUAUAUUUCAUAAAAGCCCCUUUGAUCCAUUUUUCACUACUCUCUCUCUCUGUGUUUUUCUCGCUCAUGACGAUUUGGAGUGAAAUUCAAAAUUAGGGCACAGAACUCGACCUCUAUUUUUUUCUUCUUAGCGGAGAAGAUGUAAUCCAAGCGAGGAUUUUUUUUUUUCCGUUUCCCCAACCAAUUCGAACCAAACACUUCGUAAAUUUUCAAAUUUUUUUUUUUUUUUCAAAAUUUCUCUAGGGUUUUUGUGUUUCUUGGGGGGGGGUUUGUGAACUGUGAAAUGAAGGACUCGCUGGAUCGGACCAAGGUGGUGCUCCGUCACUUGCCGCCGGCGAUUUCUCAGGCCGCUCUCACCGACCAAAUAGACUCCGCCUUCGCCGGUCGCUACCACUGGCUCACUUUCCGACCUGGCAAAGCAAGCCUGAAGCAUCAAUCCUAUUCUAGAGCCUACAUUGACUUCAAGAAACCUGAGGAUGUUAUUGAGUUCGCUGAGUUCUUUGAUGGGCAUUUGUUUGUUAAUGAGAAAGGCACUCAGUUUAAAACUAUUGUUGAGUAUGCUCCAUCUCAACGCGUUCCAAAGCAGUGGGUUAAAAAAGAUGGUCGUGAAGGAAGCAUAUUGAAAGAUCCCGAGUAUCUGGAAUUUCUUGAAUUUCUUGCGAAGCCUGUCGAAAAUCUUCCCAGUGCAGAGAUACAGUUGGAGAGAAGAGAUGCAGAACGAGCUGGAUCUGCAAAGGAUGCUCCCAUUAUUACACCAUUAAUGGACUUUAUACGUCAGAAAAGAGCUGCUAAGGGUGGUUCUCGGAGAUCAUUGUCUAAUGGGAAACUGAGCAGAAGAGCUUCUGGAUCAUCAUCUGGAAGCCCUAGUUCAGCCUCAUCGAAACGAGGUUCUGAGAGGAGACGGAUGUCCACCAGGAUGUAUGUUUUAAGGGAUUCUGCAAAGAAUAUGAGUGUCAAAGACAAGUCAACCUACAUUCUGGUUCCAAAGCGAGAUGAUCAGCAGCUUUCUGACAAGUCUGUUACAUUGGUUCCUGCAGCUGGGAAUGAAUUAUUGGAAGAGGAAAAUGGAGUAUCCGGAACUAAUGAAUCUGGGAAAAAGAAAGUCCUGCUCCUGAAAGGAAAAGAGAGGGAGAUUUCUUCUGUGUCUGGCAGCAUAUUACAGCAGCAGGGUGUAUCAUCUCCUGUUAGAAAUAUAAUCGGUUCAGGUCCACUCAAGCAUAACCAGCAACGUGAAGGUAGUGGAAGGAUAAUCAGAAGCAUACUUAUAAACAAGGAUUCACGUCAAAGUCAGUCUUUUGUGGGCCAGUCAGAGCAGCAAAUCCAGACUUCAAAUUCAGAGAAGGACAAGCGGCCUCCUCGGAUCCCACAUGCACAAUUGGCUUCGAAGGACACAAAUUCAACUCCAGAAAAUAAGGUUGUUGCGAAUGACUUUCCUGGAUUUUAUAGUGAGAAGCAAGAAAAACGUUCAAGAAAUAAGGAUAAGCCUGAUCGUGGUGUAUGGGCUCCUCUUCGUCGUUCAGAUGGAACUCAUGCUAGUGAAGAGUCUUUGUCAUCCGGUACUUCACAGUCGCUGCUAGAUUCUUCAGAAGGAUCUCAUGGAGAUAUGAAAUUUGAAAUGGCAAAUGCUCGGAUUGGGGAAGUUAAAAACCUUGGAAGUGGACGUAGUAGCCAUUCUUCCUUAGAUAAUGAUUAUGUGUUUGCAUUAUAUGCAGGCUCCCAUAAACAUUUUGGUCGCCGUGGGCCAACGCAUGGUGUCAAGGAUGUUGAUGGCUCAUCAAAUUUAAGUGAGGGGAAGCAUUUGAGGAGAGGCACUGGCUUUAAUUCCCAUGAGAAACAAGUGUGGGUUCAGAAACCAAGUUCUGGUUCCUAAAGUUAUUGAAAGUGUUCACUGUCUCGUUUGUUUGCAGUUUUAAUGUCUGGUCAUAUACACGAUUUUGGAACAUGCAUUUGCUAGUGGCUGGAGAGGCUGUCUCUUUUUACUAGACAGAUGAUCAGGUGUAAAUGAAGUCUCAGCAUCAGCAAUGGUUCCUUUUGAAAAACCCUAGAGGAAAGUAGAGUUCGUCUGAAUGAUGCAGAUACCGAUGUAAGUAAUACUCGGUUGGCUGAAGAAAUCCUGAUUUUAUUUCGGCAAAGAUAGCUUGGAAUAGGAGACAUGGAAAGCAACAGAUGUCAUUGUUAUAAUUGUAUUAUUACACAGUUUUCAUCAGGGUGACCCUCUAUUGGGUUCUGCCUGUCAGAGGAGCUUUGGAAGCCCGCACUCAUGCUUUUGACUAGACUAGUUAUCGGGGUAUUCUGGUUUUAUGGGAUCUCUCCCGUUAGUAUAAAUGUAAAUAUAAUCUCAGAGCGAUCGGUAUCACCAUCUCGCAUAUCAAUAUCUAUCAAAGCAUUUUAAUGUGUUACAUACUUUUCUUCCAUUGCUGUUGCUGCCACUUUGUUUUGCAAAGCAAUUUAUAUGCAUAUGCAGCAAUAAGACAGAAAGGAGAAGUUUACAAGCAGCAUAAACAGCAAUAAUAUAGAGAACCUUGCGGAGAAUUCAAUAUGCAUAA